CGGGGGGACAGGUUAAGGAGACGGAACAGCGGGGGGUGGGAGGGGAUCGCUGGUUCCGGUGCUGACUGGGAGUGAGUGAAGGAGAACAGGAGAGAAGCGGUCACUGUGUUUGACGCAAGUAGGAUAUUCCAACUCCUUUCAACUUAUCCCAGAGGAAGAUCUGACAUAGAUUCUGAUCUAAAAGUAGAAGCUAAACAUGCUCUGAAAGUAAAGCCAUUUCAUACACUACUUCAAUCUAACUCUGGGGAGACAUUGUGAGCUGAAGCUGUGGUGAGAUUGAGGGCACCGGUUUCUACAUGAGCCAAGUAGACAGCGAGAACUACGUGUUCAAAGAAUCCAACCAUUCCAACAGGGUCUUGGAUGGGAUGAAUAGUCUGCGGCAGAACCAGGCAUUCUGCGACGUGAUACUGUGUUGUGAUGGUAAUGAAUUUCCAUGCCAUCGUAUCGUCCUUGCCUCCUUCAGUUCCUACUUCCGGGCCAUGUUCUCCACGGACCUGAUGGAGUCUCGGCAAGAGCGAGUGGCCAUCAAUGGUGUGGAGCACCAGAUGAUCUGGAGACUGGUAGGCUAUGCCUAUACCGGCCAGGUCCACAUCACUAAAGCAAAUGUCCAGGGUUUGCUGGCUGCCGCUAACCUGCUUGAUAUCAUGCCAGUGUGCAAAGCCUGUUGCAAGUUCCUGGAGCACCACAUGGAUGAAACUAACUGUGUGGGUAUCCACUGCUUCGCGGAGGCUCACUCCUGUGUGGAGCUGCAGGCUCGAAGCUUGGACUACAUCCUGCAGCAUUUCAAUGUGGUGUGCAAACAGGAGGAGUUCCUCUCCCUCACUGCUGAAAAACUCACCGAGCUGAUCAGCAGCGACGAGUUGAACGUGCCCAGAGAGGAAAUUGUGUUCGAAGCUGUAUUGCUUUGGCUGAAGAAAGAUCAAUCCAGACAACAGCACUUUGAAAAGAUAUUGGAGCACGUUCGCCUGCCUCUGCUCUGCCCUUACUACAUCCAUGAUGUUGUUGAGUCCGAGAGUGCAGUGCAAGACUCACUGCCAUGUCAGCACCUGAUCUCUGAAGCCAAGAAUUACCUCCUAUUACAGGACCGACGAGGGGAGCUCUUCAAUGCUCGCACACGGCCUCGGAAAUCCACCAGUCUAAUGGAGCUUAUUGUGGCAGUCGGAGGAGAAGAUGACAAGGUGGUUCUGCGCAGUGUGGAAAGUUUUGACCCCGUUGCCCAUCAGUGGAAGUGCCUGGCGUGUCUGCCUUUUGCUGUCAGUAAGCAUGGACUUGUUGCAUCAGGUUCAACUCUUUACGUGGUUGGCGGUGAGUUUCCUGAUGGUUCUGCCAGCCGAGAGUUGUGGCAAUACGACCCAUGUUUUGAUACAUGGCAUGAGAAGGCACCGAUGAAUGUGGCUCGUUCUGAACUAGGUGUUGCAAUGUUGAAUGGCUUUGUCUUUGCAGUCGGUGGGUGGGAAGGUUCCUCGAGGCUAGAUUCUGUUGAAUGCUACAGCCCACACACUAACAUGUGGCACUUCCUGAAACCCAUAAAGAUGGCAAUUACCAGUCCAGCUGUGGUUGCACUGGAUGGGCUUCUGUACGUAGCAGGUGGAGCUGUGUUGGAGGACGGCGAUGGCAUUGAUCUUUUUCAAGUGUACAAUCCUCAAAUGAAUUCCUGGUCAGAGUUGGCACCAAUGCAAAUUCCACGCUCUGGCUCAGUUGCCUGCGUCCUCAGAGGAAAGAUUUAUGUUAUUGGUGGCUGGCAUGCUUCCACUGAGAACACCAACAAAGUAGAACAAUACGACCCAAAGACCAACACGUGGCAAAUGUGUGCUCCUAUGAACGAGCGGCGGUACCGACCAGGUGUGGGGGUAAUAGAUGGCAAAAUCUACAUACUAGGAGGAGAGGAAGGAUGGGAUCGAUACCACGACACUAUAGAACGGUACAGUGAAGAAAGUGGCAAGUGGGAGAUAUUUGGAGAGAUGCUCACUAGCCGAAGUUGGUUGAGUUGCGUCUCCAUCCAGGUACUGAAAGAUCUGUGGCCCAGCCAACACAGUACUACAGCUGAACAAGGUGCUCGCAACUGACGGUCGUGAUCUGUACUUCGUAUAGGAGUAAGCUAGCUUGAUUUUUACAAGCACAGAAGGACCCUGCUUUAUACUUUCCAGACAUUCUCUCAGCCCAACAUGAAUCCCUGACUUUUUGGCUUUUUAUGUUUGGAUUGCCUGUAUAAAACUAAAGUCUAAGUUGUAUGAUUCUGUUGAGUAUUCAUAUAGCGGACGUGCUGGCACUCUGGUGGUACUUACACAAAAAGGUAGCUUAGGUACACAAGUCCAUUUGAAAGGUGCAAACUAUCUCUACCCUUGUGAGACUGCUGGACUCUCAGUCUCUUCCUCAGAUUGUCAAUGUGAGGGAAAACUAACGGAAACGAGAAUUGUGAAUGUUUGAAGCAUACAACAGCAGGUCAAUCAACACCUAAAAAGGAAGAAUGGAUUUGGAUUUCAGGUAUAACCCUAUCUAAACUGGCAGAAAUUCUGAGGUGAAAUCUGACCUGAAAAGUUAAUGUUUUCUCUUUAAGGUGCUGAUCAACCUGCUGUGCACUUACAUCUUUAUUUUGAACUAAAGCUAGUUUUGCCUCCUAUUAUGUCCCUCUGCUGUCUGUUUGACAUGGACAUUAUCUUCUGUGGCAAAAUCUUAAAAUAUUCUGUACCCAUAAUGUGCAAAUUAAUAUCUGAUGUAUUGGGAAUGUGUGUGUGGUACUUCUCCCAGAGAAGGCAACCAAGACAAUUUGACCACUGUCUUGGGGGUUGGGGUAGAAACCUUUACACUUCGAUUAUGAUGGAUGAGAGCAUUUGAUUUGCACUGGGCUACUAAAUGACGAGACAAAGCCACCUAGUGGCCUAGUGUGCUCCCAAAUUCCUGGCUCAAUUUGAAGUAUGGGGUACUGUAAAUUUUGUAAAGCCUUAUCAGUUAAGAACAUGAUAAACUGUCACAAAUCAAAUUGUUAAAUGUUUUCAUGUUUCCCCUUUGAUUUGCUGUGUCAAAUAUGAGUGAGAGGCAGAUUUUUCUUAAAAGCUGCUGAUGCCUGACAUUAGAAUAAGUUUUUUAAUUUUCAGUUGCAUGAUCCCUAAUUUCAUUGUUUCAAUCUCUUUUUUGGUGGGUGGAGGGGUUCUUUUGUCACUUUGUUGGAAAUCUACUUUACAGAAUGAUGCUUGGUGUAAAUCUAGAAUUGUGAAACAAGUGAGUAUGGAAUGUUUAAAACUGAUUAAUGAAGAUCCAAACCGAGUAAAAUAUACUUUUGGCAGUUUAGGAGUGCUUUAUGAACAGGGUUUACACAGGCUCUGCAAUGAAGACUUUUGUAGCUAAUUUCAGAUGAAUAACCCUGUGGGUUUAUAAAUGCACUGUUUUGUAAUUGUGUGUGUUGUAUACUUGCUAUAAAAUAUAAGUGAAUAAAGAUGUUAAAAUUUUAAUCUGUAUGUAAAAUGAUUGUACCUAAAUUUAUAAUAAAUGGUUUUGUAUUACA